UCCUUGUCUCUGGAACCGAACGCUGAGGUUGCUAUUCUAGGACCAUCUGGGUGUCUCUGCAGCACCCUCUGUCACCCCGUGACCUGCAAGUACUCAGAGAUCUGUAGGGAGGACACCGGGACAUCCCGGAAUCUGGGAAAUGGAACUGUUGACAUUCAAGGACGUGUCUAUAGAGUUCUCUACGGAUGAGUGGGCCUGCCUGGACCCUGCUCAGCAAACUUUGUAUCGGGACGUCAUGUUGGAGAAUUACAGACACCUGGUCUUCCUAGCCAUAUCUAACCAUCCUGAGGAAGACCAUUUGCAAGAUCUGGACACAAAUAUUUUAUUUCCAGAGAUAAUCCUUAGGAGAUAUCGAAUCUGUGCACCUGACAAUUUAAGCUCAACAAAAGAGUCUUGGGCGAGUAUGUCUGCGUGUAAGCAGCAGAAAGUAUGUGACAGUGGACUUGACCGCUGUUUAACGGCUACCCAUACCAAAAUCUUCCAGUGUAGCAAAUGUUUGAAAGUCUUCACAAAAUUGUCAAAUAUAACUAGACAUAAGAUGAUAUAUACCAUAGGGAAAACGUUUCACUAUAUAAAGUAUGAGAAAGCCUCUAACCCAUGCUCACAUGUUACUAAACAUGAGAUAAUUCAUAUUGGAGACAAACAGUACAAAUGUAAAGAAGGUAGCAAAGUCUUCAGAUCUUGCUCAAGCCUGUCUAAGCAUAAGAGACAUCAUACUGGAGAGAAACUUUACAAGAGUGAAAAUGAGGGCAAAUGUCUUAGCUGCAGAUCAAAAUAUUGUACCCAUAAGAGUAUUGAUAGUGGAGGAAAACCCUACAACUAUGAAGACUGUGACACACUUAUCAAACAAUACUCACAUUUUUCUGGACAUCAAAGAAUUCAUUCUGAAGAGAAGCACUGCAAAUGUCAAGAAUGUGGCCAAGUCUUUAACUGGCACACAAACCAUUUUAGACAUCAAAGAAUCCAUUCUGGAGUGAAACCCUACAAAUGCCAACAGUGUGGCAAAGCCUUUACCCGGUACUCACACCUUUCUGAACAUCAAAGAAUUCAUUCUGGAGAGAAACAUUACAGAUGCCAAGAAUGCGGCAAAACCUUUAACUGGCAUGCAAACCUUUCUAGACAUCUAAGAAUCCAUUCUGGAGUGAAGCCCUACAAAUGUCAACAAUGUGGCAAAGCCUUUAACCAGUACUCAAACCUUUCUGUACAUCAAGGAAUUCAUUCUGGAGAGAAACCCUACAAGUGUCAACAAUGUGGCAAAGCCUUUAACCGGUACUCAAACCUUUCUGUACAUCAAAGAAUUCAUUCUGAAGAGAAACCCUACAAAUGUCAAGAAUGUGGCAAAGCCUUUAGGUUGUACUCAACCCUGUCUGUACAUCAAAGAAUUCAUUCUGGAGAGAAAUCCUUCAAAUGCAAAGAAUGUGGCAAAGCCUUUACUUUUAGGUCAUCCCUUACUAAACAUGAAAGAAUUCAUUCUGGACAGAAACCCUUCAGAUGUCAAGAAUGUGGCAAAGCCUUUCACCAUAACUCAUACCUUUCUGUACAUCAAAGAAUUCAUUCUGGAGAGAAACCCUACAAGUGUCAACAAUGUGGCAAAGCCUUUAACCGGUACUCAAAUCUUUCUAGACAUCAAAGAAUUCAUUCUGGAGAGAAACCCUUCAAAUGUCAAGAAUGUGGGAAAGCCUUUAAUGAUAAUUCAGCCCUUAUUAAACAUAAAAGAAUUCAUUCCAGAGAGAAACCCUACAAGUGUCAAUGAUGUGGCAAAGUCUUUAACCAGUACUCAGGCCUUUCUGUACAUAAAAGAAUUCAUUGUGGAGAGAAUCCCUACAUAUGUCAACAAUGAGGCAAAGCCUUUCAUGUUAAUUCAACUCUUACUGGACAUCAAAAAAUGCAUUCUGGAAGGAAACCCUAGAAAUGUCAAGAAUGUGCCAAAUCCUUUCCCCAGUACUUGAGCCUUUCUCAAAAUCAAAGAAUUCAUUCUGGAGAGAAACCAUACAAAUGUCAACAAUGUGGCAAACCCUUUAGUACUCAAACCUUUCUGUACAUGAAGUAAUUGUUUCUUGAGAAAAAACUUACAAAUGCCAAGAAUGUGGCAAAGACUUUAACCAAUACUCAGGCAUUUCUUGUACGUGAAAUAUUCAUUCUGGAGAGAAAGCAUAUAAAUAACAAUGUGGCAAAGCCUUUAAUCAGUAUAUGAACCUUUCUGUACAUAAAAUAAUUCAUUCUGGAGAGAAACUUCAUAAAUCUGAACAGUGUGGCAAACUCACUCACAUUCAAACCUCACUGUACAUAAAAUCAAUCAUACAGGAGAGAAAUCCUCAGAAUAUGAAGAUGUUAUAGUACUUUUACUUGGUGUUGAAACUUUCUAGGUAUAAAAGAAUUCACACUGGUAAGAAAUCCCACAACUGUGAACAGUGUGGCAAUACCCUUAACUGGAAUUCAAACCUUACUGCACAUAAGAAAAUUCAUACUGUAGAGAAAUCUUACAGAUGUGAAUAAUGUGACAAAGGUUUCUCCUGGUCUUCAGCCCUUAUUAAACAUAAGAGAAAUCAUCCCAUAGAAAAAAUGUAACAACAUGAAGACGUGGUAAAGCCUAAUGCCAGUACUCAAGUUUUCUGUACACAAUAGAAUUCAUGUGGAAGAGAAACUCUACAAAUGUGAAGAACUUGACAGAUGUUUAACUUGUGCUUAAACCAUUGUAUAAAUGAAAACGUUAUAACAGAGAAAUCCCCUACAAAUGUGAAGAAAGUUUUGAAUCCUAUAUUCACUACUCACACAUUUCAGUCCAUAGCAGAAUUCAUAGAGAAAUUGUAUAUAUGUGACAAUGUCUAAAUGUUUCUCAUGCUUUUCUAAUCACAAUUCAUAUGAAUGAAAUACUCUACAAAUGUCAAUCAUGUCUCAAAGCCUUAAAGUUCUGUUUGUCCUGUUAGGUAGGGCUGAGGAGAGACAGAGUCAGAUGAUACUGGAAGAUCCUUUGUCCAUCAUAACAGGAAAAAAAAAGACCAGAGUGGGCUUCCAUGAAAGAUAAGCUGGCAUUUUAUGAAGGCUUCCAAAAAGUGAACUGAUGUUUGCUUUACAAAAAUGAGUCUCAGAGGUUGAGAGGCCACAAUGUGGACAUAUAGCCAAGGCCACAAAAAGGGAUGUUUGGAUCAUGGGUUCAAGUGAUGUGACUAUAAGCUCAAGUGACCUAUUUUCAUUAACAUAGUACGAUUUGCACCAGUUCUAUCACACUACACUAAUCCAAUGAUAACUUCUGGAAAUUGCCUUACAGGGAUAGGAAAUGGGAAGAUACUCCUUUCUGGAAGUUUUCCCCCUUUCCAGGAAAGAUCAUGAAUAUUUACCCCCACACCACUUAACAUAGAAUUGGAAAAUCUAUGUAAAGGGAAAGCAUCUUCCUAAACCCAGAGCCUUCUCCACUUGAAAGAUGUGUUCGUUCUCUGGAGUGUACGGUUCUCUAAUAAAGUUUGAUC